AUGCGCGCUGCAAUCGCCAUCUACGAGCACCCAGACUACUCAGACUCUGAGGAUAUCAAGCUUGAGGCGAAGGGAGUCUUGUGCGCUGCAGUCGGCGCUUUGACGUUGGCGGUAGCGGGGACCAUAGCAGUCUACCGCUUCUCUGAUGUUGGCAAGCUCAAGGCUAUGAGGUGGUUCGUCGCACUAAUGUCCCCGUCGACCUCAUUGCUCCUUCCUUGA